UCCAGAGUUGAAAAACUUGAGCUUUCUUUUCCUUGCCUGCUACCUAAAAGCUUUUAUUAAUUGCCUUUCUUUCAUUUUCUUGUUACUCAAUUUGGAUUGUUCCUUAAUUUUUGGUGGGUAGAUACAUAUAUAAAUAUACACUUUCACUACGUGUCAAGUAAUUUGUCAUUUUAAUCUUCAUAAUGGAAAGAAUUCCAUCGUCGCCCCUUCUUCCAAUUCAACCCCCAACUUAUGGGAAUUUAAUCACCAUACUCAGCAUUGAUGGGGGUGGCAUCAGAGGGAUCGUUCCUGCUAUAAUUCUUGCUUACCUAGAGGCACAACUACAGGAGCUGGAUGGCGAGGAUGCAAGACUUGCAGACUACUUCGAUGUGAUUGCAGGGACAAGCACAGGUGGUCUCAUAACCGCAAUGUUAACUGCUCCUAAUGAAGAAAAUCGUCCUCUCUUUGCCGCCAAAGACAUCAAGCUCUUCUAUCUCGAGCACUGUUCAAAUAUUUUUCCACAGAAGAGGGGCAUAUGUGGGUCAAUAUGGAAUAUAUUUAAAUCAUUAAUAGGACCCAAAUAUGAUGGAAAAUACCUUCAUCAACAGAUAAAGGAGAAACUAGGAGAGGUCCGAUUGCAUGGGGCAUUGACUAAUAUUGUGAUCCCUAGUUUUGAUAUCAAGCGACUGCAGCCAACCAUUUUUUCAUCAUAUGAGGCGAAGAAGUUCCCAUGCCUAAAUGCUAAACUGUCGGACAUAUGCAUUAGCACUUCGGCCGCUCCAACAUACCUUCCAGCUCACUACUUCAAGAAUCAAGAUCCGGAUGGAAAUGUUAAAGAAUUCCAUCUUGUUGACGGUGGUGUCGCUGCAAAUAAUCCGGCAUUAGUGGCAAUAACCCAAGUGACCAAACAGAUACUUGAUGAAAAUCCUGAUUUCUUUCCGAUUAAACCCAUGGACUAUGGGAGGUUUCUUGUAAUCUCAAUAGGCACCGGUACACCCAAAGUGGAGCAGAAAUACAAUGCUAAAAUGGCAGCCAAAUGGGGCACUUUAGGUUGGUUGCUUCAUGGUGGUUCAGUUCCACUAGUGGAUGUGUUCACUCAAGCAAGUGCAGAUAUGAUUGAUUUCCAUAUCUCCGUAGCGUUUCAAGCACUUCAUUCAGAAGCAAACUAUUUAAGAAUUCAAGAGGAUACAUUAACAGGAAGAGAUUCUUCUGUUGAUAUUGCAACAAAAGAGCAGUUGGACAGACUGGUACUUAUUGGUGAAAAGCUAUUGAUGAAACCGGUUUCCAGGGUGGAUUACUUGGAGACAGGCCUGUCUGAGCCAGUUGAAAAUGGUGGCACUAAUGCUGAGGCUCUUAGGAAGUUUGCGAAAAUGCUUUCUGUGGAAAGGAGAUUACGAGAGACAAAAUCCCCCACUGCAGGGAAGAGGCUGUCCUGAUAUCCUUCAACGCUAAAAAAGUCGCAACAUCUCAAGUUUAGUCAAUUUGUAUAAGAGAAUAAUUUAAUACAAUUUCGAUUUAUUUAUUCUUAAUUAAGAAUCUAUCAAAUUAAUGUGCAUUUAUGUGUAUAAAA